CAGGCACUCGCAGGAGAAGUCAUUACCAUCUGGACUAGCAGUGGGACGAGACUGGAGAACUGAGCUGCACCUGUCCCACACACACUCACACACACACACACACACUCAGGGGAGAGAUCACUCACAGCCUCUAUGUGUGGCUGGGACCAAGGCGUCCUGGCUGCUUCUCAUCACAGCUCAGCAAUGUUGACUACUGAGGGAGCGCCCUACACCGCCGACAAUGAGGAGCUCAAGAUGGACGUGGAGGAUGCAGACAUGACAAAGUGGACGGAGGAAGAGUUUGAGGAGAAAUGCACGUACGUGGUGAAGGACCACACCUGGGAGGGUCCGGCGGAGGGCACACGGGCCGAGGCGUCGCUGCCCAGGAACCUGGCCUUCAAACACCCGCCGCACGCCACAGAGAUCAUUGGCGUAGUCAGCAGAGAAUACAUCCCCAAAGGCACACGCUUCGGCCCCCUUGUGGGAGAGAGUUACACUGCAGAAAAUGUCCCCAAAGAUGCCAACAGGAAGUACUUCUGGCGGAUAUACUCAAAUGGAGAGUUCCGUCAUUUUGUGGACGGACUGGACGAGGAGAAGAGUAACUGGAUGCGUUAUGUGAACCCAGCUCAUUCCCAGCAGGAGCAGAACCUUGCCGCCUGCCAAAACGGGAUGAGCAUCUAUUUCUACACCGUCAAGGCCAUUCCUGCAGACCAGGAGCUUCUGGUGUGGUACUGCCCCGAGUUUGCUCGCCGCCUUAACUACCCUGCCUCUGGAGAGAUUAUGAUGCAAAAACUCAAGCAGAGCCUGAUUGAAGCCAAGCAGCAAGCGACCGAAGUCAAGCACCCGGUGAAAAGAGAGCACAGCGUUUCAGAGAUCUUGAAAGACGUUCUGCAAGAACCUAGCAGACCUCUUCCCACCCGUCCUCGUUGCCCAAACACCCCAGACCGACCUCUCUACCCCAGUCCCGUCUAUCCGCCCCGCCCUUCCCUAAACGAGGACAUUUUAAAGAGCACCACAGUGUUUGGCCACCCGACACGCUCCCACAGACAGUUUUCAGCGACGCCCAGCCCUUCCGCACACAGCAGUCCCGAGAGAAGUCCAGAAAGCAGUCCUGCACCAGCAUCCCUUGAGCCACGAGACACUCUUCUCUCCUUCUCUCCAGCACUGUUCAGUCGAGGCCUGAACCACUACCAUGGCUACUCACCGGCCGGCUCAAUGCCAUUCUACCCGAACCCGCACUACUCGCGCUACCUCAUGCCCCACUACCCUGUUAGUAGUUUGAGUGGGCCACCAACCCUAGGGGGUAUGUUUCCACACAUGUACCCAUUUUACAGCAGCCUGAUCCCCCCUCACGUACCCUUCCCACCCGGAAUGCUUCCAUCCGAGGGCGGUCGACAAUUCCUGCUUCCCCCUGACUCUCCGGCUCACAGGGAUCUCCUUCUACCAGCGGCCACCAGUGCCUUUUCCGCAGCCACUUCUCUGAAAGACAAACCCAUCAUCCACGGGCACGGGCACCACUACGCCCCUGCCGGCGGGUCUCCAACAGCCGGUUCGGGAGCCUCUACGGGACGCGUUCCUACCAAGCCUACCUCAGCCGUUCUGAGCACCAGCCGCACAGAGGACGAGGCCAUCAAUCUCAGCAAGAUGAAACGAGGCUCCGCAGGCUACAAAAGUCUCGAUUAUCCACUCAAGAAGCAGAACGGGAAGAUCAAGUACGAGUGCAAUGUUUGCACCAAGACUUUCGGUCAACUUUCCAAUCUCAAGGUUCACCUGCGUGUCCAUAGUGGCGAACGACCCUUUAAGUGUCAGACCUGUAAUAAAGGUUUCACCCAGCUGGCUCAUCUGCAGAAACACUUUCUGGUGCACACCGGAGAGAAACCCCAUGAGUGCCAGGUGUGUCACAAGCGUUUCAGCAGCACGAGCAACUUGAAGACACAUUUGCGGUUGCAUUCUGGGGAAAAGCCCUACCAGUGCAAGAUCUGCCCAGCCAAGUUUACACAGUUCGUCCACCUCAAGCUGCACAAACGGCUACACACACGAGAGCGACCACACCAAUGCCCGCACUGCCACCGCAACUACAUCCACCUCAACAGUCUCCGGCUCCAUCUCAAAGGCUAUUGCCUAGCGCUCAUCCCUCCUCCCAGCUGCAGCCUCGACGAACUCAACCGCGUCAACGAGGAGAUCGAACGCUUCGACAUCAGCGAUAACGCAGACCGGCUGGAAGAGAUGGAGGGGUUUGACGUGGACGGCAUGGUGGAGAAACAGAUCUUCGGUUUGCUCUGGCAAGAGAUGGAUUUUAAGGCGUCGUAUCACACGGUUAGCACUAGCGGAGACCGGCACCCGUCGACACCGUAUCGUCUGAGCGAACACGGAAGUGAGGCGUCGGUCAUCAAGGUUCAUUGCAGCAGCCCUAUUCAACUCCUACCCAUCACGGUUAAAAAGGAGACAGAGGAGGCCAUGGAAACCUAGCCGACGAGACACUUUGGACAAGAACACACAAUUCUUCUCAAAGAAUCAGGCCUUUAAAGGGAUAGUUCACCCAAAAAUGAAAAUUAGCCCAUGAUUUACUCACUCUAAAGGUGUGUGUGACAUUCUCAUCAAUCAUCAAGUGUUACUCGUGGCGUAAGUCGACUCCCGGAAGCUAGUUAUUUUAAUAUAACUCCGAUUGUGUUUGUCUGAAAGAAGAGUGUCAUACACACCUAGGAUGGCUUGAGGUCGAGUAAAUCAUGGGCUAAUGUUCAUUUUUGGAUGAACUAUCCCUUUAAGUUCAGGGACUUCAGUACUCAGGGCUAACAGACAUUGAUCCAGUCCAUCAGUGCUCCAGUAUGUCCUACACAAAUGAUAAAGACAAUCAUAUCUUUUUUUAUUAUUAUUAUUAUUAUUUGCUCUUCUUGGUGUUCAUUUUAAGUUUGUUACGUAAUCUAUUUAAUUUAUUGUUCGACGCGUCAUUCUUCACAACCAAAAUGAUGUUUACAAUGACUCAUUGUAAUUUACUGUUUUAUAUAUUUUCUUCUACUAUCUUCUGGUUCCUGUAAAUAGUGUCCCGGUUGACUGUGAUUUCAUGCGCGACUGCAAAGAGCUUCCCACAUUCAGGUCGAUUUUUUAAUGUGGGCUGAAGUCAGAGAAAGACUUUUUUUUAACUCUAGGAAAGGUUACAUAUCUGUGUACGUGUUUUACAAAACAUGUAUUCUCUUAAUGUUGAGCUCUACACAAUAUAAUGAAUGCAAAAAAGGGCAUAUUAUAUAUUAACAACUGUUACCUCAGAUGUGGGAGUGUGUGUGCGUGUGUGUGCUUGUACUGAGAGCUAUAUGUGAUGUUUAGUCGCAGUGUGCAGUCUGUGAGGUCGACACUGCGUUUUCUUCCUUAUGUGUGGCACAUCACUGAAACCAAAAGCGAUAAAGAAACGAGAAUGUGUGAACGAUAACCAAAGUGAACUCUUCAGAGAUGUGCGGACGCAGUGUGAGCUGCUGCGACUGUCUGUUCUGAGGUCAGUGGUGGCGAUCACCUCGGCCUUCGUAUGCACUGGCUCUUCGUCUUUCUUCUUGUGUUUGUACUUUUCCCUUUGUUUUUAAUAUGAUUCUGUAUUAGCAGGAGCAAUGUGCUGUGAGGUAGUAUCUCACAGUCCCUAAAGUAUGACCAAAGUCUACACCUCAACUUCAGCUUUAAAUGAAAGAAAAAGACUGUGUUUGUUUACAUACUGGUUUACGUAGCUAUUUAAGUACAGCUUUGACAAAAUGUAAAUUAUAAUAUAAAUCUUCACUGAUCUAAUGCA